CCCCCCCUCCCAUUCCCCGUUCUCCCUUGGCCCUCGUUACUCCCCGGUCUCGCUUCGCCCCCGGCUGUCGCAACCCUUCUUGUUCCUCUCCCGCUGCUUUGCUCUGCUUCAAGGGUUUCCUUGACUCCCCGUAUCGACUGGUUGAUCUCCAGGCGAUCCGCCCUCGUCUGCUAUCUCUUCGCCUCCCUCAGUUCCGUCACCGGUCACCUCGCCAUCUCCCACUAGCCAACUUCUUAUCUCUUCCUUUCUAGCUUUCACAUCCCACGAUCUUCUAUUUGCGAUCGAUUUGAGGUCAGAUUAAAAAUUCUUCCCCUCUCUGAACCUUGUUCCACUUACAGUCCGUGUGAUUCGUGGGUAAAAGUUGAUCUCUAGCCACUAUCACGUGAGGAGCACAACUAAAUUCACUAGUUUUAAUGUCUCUGCGACAUCUCCAGAGGCGUGGAACAGCUCUUCUUCGAGAUGGUGGACUACUCCAAGUGCUGCGCUCAGAGAUCAACCACGAGCUCUCCUCUUCCAGCGAAUCCUCUUGCGGUGAUGGGGUGGGGAGUGAGGUUGAAGGCUUCAUGCUAGAAUGGACUGAGCUGCGGACACAGGAUGUUGUCCUUCGACGUCAACCUGACCACGUAUUUUGUGAGGAGAUUGCAGUGUCAGCAUUGCUUGCGCCAUUGCAGUUUCAAGAUAAGGAUCCACUCCCCAGGGAUGUCUUGAUGAAGGUCUGCAUUAAGAAGGCAGGGUAUGACUCAGUGUUGCACUACGAUUGCCGUGCCUUCCGUUGCGAUAAAGACCAACUGUUGCCAUGGACCACAAUGGAUACUAAUGAUGGUGGCAUUGGUAGUGAUUUUACCAUUAGAAAGGCUUAUUGUUCUUCAUCAGUGGAUUAUUUGGGAAAAUGCAACUCUGUGGGACCCAUAUUCAGUUCUUUGGACCCUCAAUUACAGAAGGCACUCAAAGACUAUCUUGUGGUCAGAGGGAUCACUCCAAAGCUGACCAACUUCCUCCUCGAACACUUGCACAGAAAGGAGCAUAGCCAGUAUGUGAAUUGGCUGCGCACCAUGGAGGGCAUCGUUGCCAAGUGAGGCUUUCAUACUGCUGCUGAGAUAUUCUGAAAGGUUGAGUUGUUCCAAUUCUAGUGCUUUCCUUUUUCUCAUCAUUGUCUAGGUAGAUGAAUUUUAUUGCAGCAGGCAAUUCAAGUGUCUUUUGCAGCUUAAAGAAUGCUUAUCAAAAAGACAAGAUUACUACUUUCGAAAGAAGCUACCUUUCAUCUUA